GGGUGAUCCUAGGAAAUAACGGAGAAAUCCCUACCUAGGAGGCCGAAACGACAGCAGCAGCAGCGAGCACCCCGGCCCCUCAAAAGAAACUUUAAAGAGGAAUGUCAUGCUAUCUCUAUGCGGAAAACUUUCCAGAUAGAGGAUCUGUAUAUGUUCGGGAAAAUGGACAACUAUAUAAGGCAAAUCAAGCACCAGGAGGAGUAAACAACAGUGAACCAAAGCCAAGGCCUUCAAGACUCUUCUCCAAAGGAUUUUCUGUUGAGCUCUAUGUGAAUAGGGAAAAUGACAAUGGAAGGACGGAUCACUUCAUCUUCACUUACACAAAGAAGGGAAAUCUUCGCUAUUCUGCUAAAUCUCUCUUCAGCCUAGUUCUGAGUUACAUUGCUGACAACAUUCAUCAUGUUGAUUCACUGGUUGACUUUCCGGAACAGAUAGCCGAAAAGCUUUUCUACGCAGCAGAUGCUAGACAGAAAUUUACAGAACCAAGAACAGGACUCUGUGCUUUGCAAAAAUUUAUUGAUGCUUAUGGAAGUUUAGUGCUUCAGACUCUAUGCUUGAAAAAUGGUUACCUAGUUAUUUCUGAAAAACUUGAAGAAAUUAAAGCUUUCCGGGAUCUGACGUGCUUGGAUUUGUCCUUCUGUAAACUUGGAGAUGAGCAUGAGCUGCUAGACCAUAUCACCAACAAGACACUAUCUAGUUUAACUCGGCUUCUCCUGAAAGAUAACUGCUUGUCAGAUGGUGGUCUUCGCAAAAUGACAGCACCUGUCCGAGUGAUGAAAAGGGGCCUUGAAAAUCUCUCAGUAUUGGAUUUGUCUUGUAAUCCAGGAAUCACCCAUUUGGGACUCAGGUAUCUGCUUCCUUUCAAAAAGCUGAACUGUUUGGAUCUUUCUGGAACUUGCCUCAAGGACACAAAUGCUGUUGUUUGUUGGAUCCAGACACAAAUAGGUCUUGUUCAUUCAGAGGUGCCCUUGAAAGAAUUUGAUCAUAAUAGCUGCAAAACAGAGGGAUGGGCAGAGCAGACCAUCUUGCAAUGGGAGCAUGCAGCGCAAGAAGCAAUUAAACCACAAGAAAGCCUGAAAUCUCGAACAGCAGCUCAACUUUUCUAUGGAAAAAGAGCCAGGACAGAAGAACCUCUUGAAAUAGAGACUUCUGAGAACCUGCAAUUCUACAGGCCAAGAGCAGAAAUGUUAAAUUUACCUGUACUAAUAGGGAAGAGUGAAGAAUUACAGAAGAAGAAAAAGAGAGCUUCAGCUGAGCACAAAGAACAGCGUUUUAAAUCAAAGCAGCUGAACUUUUCAGUGGCAGACUGGGACUUACUAAAUUCUUACUGAGUAUGAGUUGAAUGCAAAUAAACACUUUUUU